AUGUUGUCCAGAAUUUUGUUCAAAAGAACUCCUUUGUGUGCUAUUGCUAGAGCCACCACCGUCAGCACAAGAGUUGUCGUUCCAAAAUUUACUCAAAUUUCUGUCUCCGCCAGAAACUAUUCUUCUCACCAUGAAGAAGAAACUUUUGAAGAAUUUACUGCUAGAUUCGAAAAAGAGUUUGAUCAAGCUUACGAUCUAUUCGAAGUUCAACGUGUUUUGAACAAUUGUUUUUCUUAUGAUUUGGUUCCAGCACCAGCUGUUAUUGAAAAGGCUUUAAGAGCUGUCAGAAGGGUUAAUGAUCUGCCAACUGCUAUUAGAGUGUUUGAAGCUUUGAAGUUCAAGGUUGAGGAUGAAGCUCAAUACAAGGCUUACUUGGAAGAAUUAAAAGAUGUUAGAGAAGAGUUAGGUAUUCCAUUAAGAGAAGAAUUAUUCAAGGAGACUGAAUCCACUCAUUAA